AUGACUCAAACAGAAGAGCCAAAAAGAUUUGGGCUUGAGAGCCAAGUCAAAAGGAAUCCACAUGCUGAUUUCGGCAAAGUUGAAAGUUCUAGACCUAAAUUCGAUUCUAGUAUAGAAUGGGCGUAUACUCAGAUUCCAGAAAAGGACUGGGUUGCUGGUUCUGGCGCAAAUGAUAAUGAGUGGAAAAGCCAUAAGAAGAUUGAGAUUGACCCAUUUGGAGAAGGUAGAAACCCAGUAGAUAAUUACAAGACAUUGAUCAGUGCUGUGGUUCCUAGACCUAUUGGUUUUGUUUCGACGAUUUCUUCGGAUGGAGUACGUAAUUUGGCACCUUUUUCUUACUUCACUUUGGUGAACCAUGACCCACCUAUAUUCACCAUUGGCUUUUCUGGAGGCAGGGGCAACCCAAAGGAUACAUGCAAGAACAUAUUGGACACUGAGGAGUGCACAAUCAAUAUUAUUAGCGAAUGGUUUGUUGAAGCGGCAAACUACUGUGCCAUCAACAGUCCCAUCGAUGUUGACGAAUGGAAAUUAUCUGGUUUAACACCCUUGGAGUCUACCAAAGUCAAGCCACAGCAUGUGGCAGAAUCUGCAUUUUCAGUCGAAGGUAAAUUAAUAGCGUCGCAUGAAUGGAAGUCAAAGAGCGAUCCCACAAGAGCAACAGGUACUCUCUGCAUUAUUGAAGGUGUCAAUUUCCAUGUUAGAGAAGACGUCAUAAACAAGGAGUUGAAUAAUAUCGACAUAUCAAAGUUGAAGCCCGUUAGCAGAUUGGGCGGGAUCACGUAUGCUAGAACGGUCCAUGGUUAUGAGAAACCCAGACCCGACUUUGAUAAGGAAGUUGCAAAAGAUGAGGUGAAACAAUUGUUGGAGUAA